AUGACUGAUGCUAGCAAGGAUUUCAAGUUCACUUUGAAAGUGAUGAUCGACAAGAAGAAAGAGAAGGUGCUCUUUGCAGAAUCCGACUGCCAAUUUGUAGAUGUUCUGCUGAGCUUCUUGACUUUGCCGCUUGGAAGAAUUAUCAAAGCCCUCAAUGAACACUAUGUUAAUGCGCCCAUCAUUGGAAGCCUAACCAAUUUGUACCGUAGCUUAGCAGGCAUUGACAACGCUGACUUUGUCACGGACGAUGCUAAGGAGAUUCUGCUCAAUCCAAGAAGUCCAUUUGAAGCUGAAUAUGGAAUGCUAAAGCUGAGUAUCACUGAUUCUCAGCCUACUAAAUAUUUACGGUGUGCCUGCGGUAAUAGCUCACAUACUGUAAGCAUAUACUAUGACCAAGUUAAAUGCCAAAAAUGCCCAUCAAGUUAUGUUGUGAAGAUAGAUCUACCGAUAAAAGAGUCUAAAGUUUGUGAAGGAGUUUUCACUGCAAACAGAUCUUCUUUCAUCAUCUCCGAUGAUCUGCAGAUAUUUCCGAGUGUUACAGGUAUCUGUCAUAUCGUCAGCCUACUUGGCAUUACAAAUAUGGACGAGGCUGAGGCGUUUGAUGUGAAGAUAGGCUUCAAUCAGAUUAUGAAUUUGCUGAUGGGGUCCUUCGUCUCCCAAACUCCGUUGUCGUACUUCCUUCUAAAUAGAACAAUUUUGCCUCUUGGUUUGGAGCAGACAUCAGUUAUUCCUGAUGAAUUUCAAGAAAAGGUAGGGGCUGAGAAGAUGGUUUUGAAGGUGUUUAUACAAAGAUCUAAGAGUAAGGUAUUGUAUGCUCUUGCUGAGGAUGAUUUUGUUGAGUUUCUCUUUACUUUCUUCGUCAUCCCAUUGGGAGGAGUUGAGCACCUUCUUGAGGGUAAGACUUGUAUUAAGGCUAUAGACAACUUGCAACGGAGCGUUGCUGACCUUAUUGGAGACAGGUAUUUCAAUAGCCCGGUUAUGAAAAGUAAACUAAUGAAACCUAAUCUGGUUCAUGGUUCCAUCUCCGAACACCAUCUUUUCCCCCUUAGUCAAGAAGGCAUGAAUCCUAACAAACAUGAAAAAUUCAAAUUUUCUUCCCUUGCCUUUCCGAAAGGUCAGGGUAGAUAUCUUGAGGGACCAAUAGCUUAUAUGGUGACGGAUGAUUUAACCGUGAAUCCUGUAUGUAUCCAUUCAGCGAUUUCCUUUCUGCGUGAGAAGAAUAUCCCUAUGUCUGAUGUCAAAGAAAUAGAGGUGCAAGUUGGAUUAAAAGAGGCAUUAAGCAUACUGAGAGCGUCUCUUACGUCCACUUCUGCUCUCACUGAUGCUCUGCUCAAUUCCAUGCCGAUCAAACAACCAAAGACGGAAGCCUGA